CUCCAGCAAAGACAGGAACGGGCGCACGGUGGCUACUUGAACGAAAACGGGGGAAGCUCGCUCAAGAACCGGCUGGGCUGUCGUCGGGAACUCAACAUGCCACAAUAGAAAUGCUGAGCGUGGGUGCGAAACAGCCGUAUUUAUCCCCUGUACAGCGAUAGUUGAGGGCAACGCCCCGUAUCCACCGAGCAGAGCCCGUACUAAAGUGCUGGCGGAGGCGCAGCGGUGAGCCGUUUGAAACCCAGCAGGGCGGCUAGCUCACAGCGGAGAGGAAGCAGGACUGUCUGCUGAGAACCAUGAGAGAGUACAAAGUAGUGGUUCUUGGAUCCGGAGGGGUCGGGAAAUCCGCGUUAACCGUCCAGUUCGUGACGGGCUCCUUCAUAGAGAAAUACGACCCCACGAUAGAGGAUUUCUACAGGAAGGAGAUCGAGGUGGACUCCUCUCCGUCCGUCCUGGAGAUCCUGGACACGGCGGGGACCGAGCAGUUCGCCUCCAUGCGAGACCUGUACAUCAAAAACGGGCAGGGUUUCAUCCUGGUCUACAGCCUGGUGAACCAGCAAAGCUUCCAGGACAUCAAGCCUAUGAGGGAUCAGAUCAUUCGGGUGAAAAGGUACGAGAGAGUGCCCAUGAUUCUGGUUGGAAACAAAGUGGACCUGGAGGGGGAGAGGGAGGUCUCGUCCGUUGAGGGGAAGGCACUGGCGGACGAAUGGAACUGCCCGUUCAUCGAAACUUCUGCCAAAAAUAAAACGUCGGUGGACGAACUGUUUGCAGAGAUUGUCCGACAGAUGAACUAUUCUUCAACACCUAAUGGCGACGAUCAGUGCUGCUCGUCUUGUGUCAUUCUUUAAGAAAAAGGACAACCAUAAAGUGUUAUUCUUUGCUCGGUUUUAAGUUUGCAAUGUGUGUUGCAGCGAGUGUGUACUGUUGAGCUCUUCUUCGUUUCUCACCCUGGCCUUGGAGGAAUGCUGCAGGGGGACGAGAGGAGGAGGAGGGGAGCAACUGAGACUCAGAGGGAGGGGUCCACUCUUCAGGAAUUCUACUGGGUUGGAGUAUCUUUGCUGCACGAUCAGUGUCCACCAUUGAUGUCAACACAGUGUCAGAUCCAGAGUUUCAGCAACAACCCCCUCACCAGUUCCAACUGUAUUCACAACUGGAGCUAAACCCCAAUGGAAAAGAAAUGGAGGGCAACACUUAAAAGACACUCAUAAAUUGAUGUUUCUGUAUAAGAAGACCGAGAGAUAGAGUAUAUUUUGUUAAAUAAACUGCAAAGUCUGGGGCGGGUAAAGAUUUUUGGUGAUAUCUCCCUAACCCAUUAUCGGAGCGACGUUCCACAACACUCCAAAUCCUAUUUUUUUCCAAAGUCAAAAUAAAUUGACCCCACUUAUCUGCUGGUGGAGUAAACGUGAUGAGUGCCACUUUUUUUUCUUCAUCUCCUCUUUAGUGUGUGAGAGGACCUUAACUGAAGUGACAUGGGGACCCGAUCGCCCUUGUGUCGAGUGCCUUUCCUAAACAAAUCAGCAGUUCAGAUUUAGUGCCAACCUACAUAUCACCAAAAGAACCCUUCAACAUGGCAAUCCACAAUUUAGGGAACUGUUCUUCUGGAUAAUCUCGUAGGGGUGGAGGCUGAAAAGAAACUACAAUAGGCUUUUUGUUAAUGGAAUGGCGGUUUUCUGUAUGUUUUACGUUGGCCUUUUUUAAGUCUAAGGUGUUCAUUUUGCAAUGUCUGCUUAGUCUGGCCAAACAUAUCUUGAAAUGCAGAGGUACUGGAAUGACAACACCAAACGCUUACCUUCCAGACCACUUAAAUCAAAUUCUGUUUAUGUUUAUUUUGUUGUUUUUAACAGGAAAUGUGAUGAUGUACCGUUGAAAAAUCUAACCUGAUUGUAAGAUGAAUUUCAGACCAGCCAUUUAACAAUGGGCUGUCAAAAACAAGACUUUUAAUACAAAUUGCAUUUUUUUUUUUUAAAGAAACCAUGCUGUGUUUUCUCUUUGUUCACUUGUUUCAUUGUGUAUCCAUAAUUGCUAGUUUGCUGAUCCCAAACAAAGAUGUUAUGAGCAGUUUAGGUAACAGUUUAUCAUUACUUAAUAUAGCUUAGUAUAUUUACAUACUGCAACAAUAAGAGUUUACUACAAAAAAACCACAGUAAUACAGUUUAUAAAAAAGGAAAUGUUGUUGUAUGCAUAGUUUACAGUAACGGGACUUCCCCUUAAACACAAACGGACAAAAAGCCCUGUAAUGCUAUUUUUUCACAAACACAAAACCUUCCGUGUGGUUAACGCUGAGAUUACUGUGCAUGUGUUGAAUGUGAACAAUCAAAAGCUGAAAGCAACCAGACUAAGGUGUGCACAUGUUAUGACUAAUUCUAAAAUGGAUGACAAACUAACCUCGUAACCUUGUAUGUUGCGUUGUUUACAAACAUGACACUGGUAAUGUAAGGAUGGUUAUUGUCAGGCUAUGGAGCGCAUGUUCCGUUCCUAAGAGCAAGAAUUUGUGUAAAGAUAAUUGUAAAUUAAAAAUCUAUUAAGUAGA